UUCCUGGUUUUGGCCCUCGCCAUUACUUUUGUCUCAGCUGGUCGGAUUCUUAAUGAAGAAGAAGAUAUUGGGUUGGUCCCUUUGCCUACCACAAGUUCAGGCCCCUUUCCCAUUCCUAGUUCAGUUCCUGCAACUGGUAUCGCUUUUGGUACAGGUCCAGCCUCAGGCGGUUCAGUUCCCUUGACUUCUACUUUUACUAGCCCCGGACCUCUACCAACCACUGGUUCUAGCCUUUUACCGGUUGCUAGUGCGAGUCCCUUGCCUGUUACUGGCCCUGGUCCUCUACCCACCACUGGUUCUGGUCCCUUACCGGGUGCUAGUUCGGGUAUUUUCUCUAGUGCAGGUUCAGGGCCUUUGCCUACUGUCGUUUCAGGUGCCGCAGCUACGGGUCAGGGAGCAGGUGCCGGGUCAGCGAUUGGUGGUUCAGCUCCCGACCACACUUUGGUUUUCUUCAUGCAUGAUAUACUCGGGGGCUCAAAUCCGACAGCCAGAGCUGUGACUGGAGUCGUUGCAAACGCAGCUCUCAGUGGCCAAAUUCCAUUCGCUAAGACCAAUGGCGCAAACCUCCCUAUUAGUAACGGUGUUCCA